GACCGGCGAGCCGGAUCAAAAUGCUGCCUUUUUUUCCUCUGCCGUCGCCGCACGUCACGGCAGGUAGUCCGUAGUCACCGCCGUCCACCGAGCUAACCUCCUCCUCCUCCCCUGUCUGAGACCUUUAUAAAACCUCACUGUCUCCCUCGCCGCUGCACAGCACCCCCCCCCCCCCCCCCGCGCAGAUCAAGAGCAAGCAGCUGCUGCUCGAGCGAGGGAACCGAGAAGGCAGGCGGAGAUGAAGGUGGAGGCGGUGGAGACGGCGCUGGUGGCGCCGAGCGAGGUGACGCCGCGGCACGCGCUGUGGCUCUCCAACCUCGAUCUCGCCGUGCCCAAGACCCACACGCCGCUCGUCUACUACUACCCCAAGCCCGCUCCCUCCGACGGCGGCGCCGCGGAGGAGGAGGAGGCCGGCUCCUUCUUCGAGCCGGCACGGCUGCGUGAGGCGCUGGCAAGGGCGCUGGUGCCGUUCUACCCGCUGGCGGGGCGGCUGGCGGUCGGCCCCGGGGGGCGGAUCGAGAUCGACUGCACCGGCGAGGGCGCGCUGUUCGUCGUCGCGCGGGCCGACUUCACGGGCGAUGAGGUGUUCAGGGACUUCGAGCCCUCCCCCGAGGCGCGCCGCCUGCUCGUCCCCUUCGCCGAAUCCGGCGACCCGCCCUGCGUGCUCGCCAUGGUCCAGGUGACGUUCCUCAGGUGCGGCGGCGUCGCCGUCGGCACCGGCAUGCACCACGUGACGAUGGACGGGGCCGGCGCGUUCCAGUUCAUCCGGACGUGGACGGGGCUGGCGCGCGGGGAGGCGCCGUCCGCGUCGCCGUUCCACGACCGCACCCUCCUCCGCGCGCGCUCCCCGCCGCACGUCCCCUUCGAGCACCCGGUCUACUCGCCGAGCUACCUCAACGGCGCGCCCCGCCCGUUCGUGACCCGCGUCUACGCCGUGCCGCCCAAGCUCCUCGCCGACAUCAAGGCCCGCUGCGCCCCGGGCGCGUCCACCUACUGCGCGGUGACGGCCCACCUGUGGCGCGCCAUGUGCGUCGCCCGGAGCCUCCCCGCCGAGAGCGACACGCGCCUGCGCGUCCCGGCCAACAUCCGGCAGCGCCUCCGCCCGCCGCUCCCGGCCACCUACUUCGGCAACGCCAUCGUCCGGGACCUGGUCACCGUCAAGGUCGGCGACGUGCUGUCGCAGCCGCUCGGGUUCGUGGCGGAGCGGAUCAAGCGCGCCGUGUCGCGCGUGGACGACGCGUUCGUGCGGUCGGUGGUCGACUACCUGGAGCUGGAGUCGGAGGAGGGCAGCCAGGCGGCGCGCGGGCAGUUCAUGCCGGAGUCGGACCUGUGGGUGGUGAGCUGGCUGGGCAUGCCCAUCUACGACGCCGACUUCGGGUGGGGCCGCCCGGGGUUCGUGGCGCCGGCGCAGAUGUUCGGCAGCGGCACCGCGUACGUGACGCAGGGGCCGGAGAAGGACGACCCCGUGAACGUGCUCUUCGCGCUCGAGCCGGAGUACCUGCAGUGCUUCGACAAGGCCUUCUACGGGGAGUGAACGAAUCGAUCUGUAUCAUAAUGCAUUUAACGAUGGAGGACGAGAUGCUACUAGUACUGCUUACUGCCUGUGCAACUGUGCAACAAAGUGUGCUUGGCUGCAGCUUUUUACGCCGAGUCACCGAAACAUUCUGGCCCAACUAUCUGUAUACAAAAAGAUGGAACGAAAAUGCAUGGCUGUCAAAGGCUUGCAGAUUUGAAUACUUCAAUCCUCCAGGUUCUGUUGAG